CGACAUUAACCAAACUGGAAGAAGUAGUUACCCUCUGGGGACAUGACUCGUCGCUGAUCGGACUGGUCUAUCCUUUGGCCCGGAAGGACAUGGUUUACAUGUUUUCCAAAUAUCAGUGCCACCAGCGACAACGUACAUGCUGCUAUAAAUGUGUUUUAGCAAGUGAGAAAUACUGUAACAGCACCACGUACGUUGUGCCUGAAUUGCCGUAAUGUUUUCUUUAUUUGCCGUUGUGAUUUGCACUUCAGGGCCACCGUAGUAAAGAGCUCAUUUUGCAGAAAGGUUGAUAUCUGAAAAGUGUGUUAUCCAUUCUACUAAAUCCACUGCAAUAAAGACCAGAUUAAAUAGGGUUUCGGUAGAAGUGGAGAUAAUGUCAAACUGCUGGCUUAUUGAUGUAGCAUUCUAUCACUACACUUAAUUUUUUGAUUUCAAGUGUGUUUCUGCAACUUCAUGUCAAAUAUGCAUACUGGAGAAAAAGGUACAAUGUUGCCUUUAAAUUACAGGGCAGGAUAAAGUGAUACUAGUGACCAGUUCCUACCAGAUGAUAAACUUAUAAAAUACUACAUGGCAUCUAGGUUGGUCAAUAAAGACAACAUGCUAAAUUUACAUCAUUUGAUGUCAUAAAAAGGAAUAUUUUGCCUGAAUAACGGCAUAGUAUGCUACAAAGUGAUGGUCUCAUGUUUGCCCACUUCUUGUUAACAACCACUCUAUGUUAAUCCCACACAGAGCAUAGCAUCUCUAGGUAGGGCCUUAGUCGAAAUCUCAAAUAGAGAAGAAUAGAAUUGGUAAUGUACAUAAUAAAACUGAGGCUCAAUGUCUAUAGGGAAAUGUAUUUAUAGUGCUAACACUUACGCUACAUCAGAUACACAUUAGAACCCUGUUUAGUGUUUACACAGCCCAACCCAGUGAGGGAGCCCACAGCUUUCAGCCAUGUGUAUUCAUCUCAGGAAGAGGAUGUGUGUACGUUUCCUACCAUCAGUAUGCUCUGCUCAGAGAGAACAUUGUUAAAAUCUGCUAGGAAAGGAAGCCGGACAGAUUUUCAAAGACCCCAGGAAGCAUAAGGAAAAAAAUUACAGGGAAGUUAAAAGACAGAUUGGCUGUUAUAUCUGCCAUCUGUUCUUGGAUUUAAGAGUGAAGCUUAGGGUUCUAUGAUCGGGUAGACCUACAGUCAGUCCAGCAUGUAGGCGGCUGCCGACGCUGCAAUGAGCUUCACUGAGAAGUCACGGAAGUCUUGGAUAGAGGAAACCUUCUUCAAGAGAGAGUGUGUGAAGUUUAUCCCCUCCUCUCGGGACAUACACAGAUGUAUUCCAGUAUGCCAAGUAUGCCAAAGCUUGAUCAGAUGUUGUUGUGGCCGCCUGAUAGGAGAACACUCAUGGGAAGAGUCCGCUCGCCCCAUAUCCCUUCAUCCUGGUCCUGGACAGGACUUGGAAGAGGACUGGUCGGUAAAGCUCCACACUAAAGCCAGUCCUACAAAUGCCUACGGUAUUGUAGACUUUGAGGAUACUGCCACGCGUGUCUGCCGGGCUAAGUAUGUUCGUGUGGCUGUGGACUCAAAGCCAGAGCUGCUGCUUCAGCUGAUGCUGAGGGAGUGGCAGAUGGAGAGACCCAAACUACUACUGACCAUCCAGGGGGGCUCAGAAAACUUCACUCUACCUCCUAAAGUCAAGCAGGCCUUCAGCAAAGGUCUUGUGACUGCUGCUCUCAGCACAGGGGCAUGGAUACUCACUGAUGGCAUCAAUACCGGUGUGGCAAAGUAUGUGGGCGAGGCAGUGAAAACAUUUGGAGGGCACGAUCUGAGAAAGAGAAACACAAUCGGCAUCACACCAUGGGGAGUAAUCGACAACAACACUGACCUCAUAGGAAGAGAUGUGUUCAGGCCUUACCAGCCGGUGGGGAACCCUUUGAGUAAGAGGGCCUGUCUUAACCGUUUCCACUCCCACUUUCUCUUUGUGGAUGAUGGAAUGCUGGGUAAAAAUGGCUGCCAACAAGGCCUCAGGAGGAAGCUGGAGAAACACAUCCAGCAACAGAAGAUCCACCCUCGACUGAACCAAGGUGUCCCUGUGGUGUGUGUGGUGGUGGAGGGAGGCCCUGCCAUUCUGUCCACAGUGCUGGACUAUGUUAGCAGCGUGCCGCCUGUGCCAGUGUUCGUCUUUGAAGGAUCGGGCAGGGCUGCUGACCUGCUUGCAUUCUUACACAAGCAGACAUCUGUAGACAGACAGUUGGAAGCUGACAUUCGAGCAGAUUUCCUUGUCAGGAUUGAACAUGUGUUUGGGAUAGAGGGAGCGGAAGCCUCUAAUCUCUUUAAACUCCUCCUGCAGUGUAUGGAUCACAGACAGUCUAUAACCAUCUUUGACUCAGAGUCAGAAGAGCAGAUGGCACCUGAUGCGGCCAUUUUGACAGCUACUCUCAAGGGAACAAAGGUCAGUCCCGCAGAGCAGCUGAGCAUGGCUCUAGCCUGGGACCGAGCUGACAUUGCACAGAAAGAUGUCCUGGUGUAUGGACAGCACUGGCAGGAGGGUUCUAUGGAGCAGGCCAUGCUGGAUGCUCUGGUGAUGGACCGGGUCAGUUUUGUCAAACUGUUGAUUGACAAUGGCAUGACUAUGAAUCGCUUCCUGACUGUGGAUCGCCUCGAGGAGCUCUACAACACGUCCCAUGGGCAGACAGACCGUUUCCUCCACCACCUUGUUGAAGAUGCAAAACAGACUUCCCUUCCUCUGGGUGAUCGCCUCUCUCUCAUUGACAUGGGCUUGGUGAUAGAGUACCUGAUAGGAGGAGCAUAUCGCAGCAGCUACACAAGAAAACACUUCAGAGCUGCCUACAGCCGCCUACAAGACAAAGAGGGCAGACGGGACAGCUCCACUUCCCUGUCUAAACAGAGGAGGGGAUUCAUACUAAACUCUAACCUGAGCAGGAGUGUCCAGGAUCUGCAUUUCUUUAGAACUGCUCAGCCCUACAAAGCAAAGAAGCAAGACAUGCCACUCGAUAGUAGUCAAGAUAUCACGCCGAGCCCUGGCCCUGGUGACCCUCCACUCCUGGUUCCCUUCAACUUCAAUGACCUGUUUGUGUGGGCCGUGCUUCAGCAGCGUCAGCAGAUGGCGCUGUUCCUCUGGCAGCAUGGCGAGGAAGCACUUGCACGGGCCACUGUGGCCUGCCAGCUGUACCGCUCCAUGGCUUUUGAGGCCCGUCAGAGCAGCAUGGACGACUACAUUGCAGAGCGAUUGAAGACAUACUCGCUAGAGUUUGGUCAGCUGGCUGUUGAUGUGUUAGACUGUGCGUUUCGUCAGAACGAGCAGAUGGCCAUGAAGCUGCUGACUUCAGAGAUGGAGGCUUGGAGCCACUUCACCUGUCUGCAGAUGGCUGUCUCCUCAUGUCACAGACCAUUCGUCUCACACUCCUGCACACAGACUCUCCUCACAGAUCUCUGGACCGGUCCGCUCAACAUGAGGAAGAACUCCUACCUGAAGAUCAUUUUGAGUCUCCUUCUACCUCCAGCCAUUUUACUACUGGAGUUUAAAAGCAAAGCUGAAAUGUGCCAUGUGCCACAAUCCCAGGAGGCAAUGCUGUUUGGACUUGACACUGUGAAAUCAGUACCAGCCCAGGAAGGAACUGAUCACAUGGGCAGUCAGGAUGCUGAGGGAGGCCUGUCUCUCCAUGACAGGUGUUUUGGUCCUGUGUCAGAGACGGUUUCCCCUGAGACUCUACAGCGUCUGUCCUUGAUCAAGACAGUCUAUGAGUUUUACACAGCUCCUGUUGUCAAGUUCUGGUUUCACACGAUUUCCUACUUGGGCUUUCUGAUGUUGUUCUCCUACGUCAUCCUGGUGAAGAUGGGGGAUCUACCCAGCACUCAGGAGUGGCUGGUAAUAGCCUACAUUUUGUCAACUGCAGUGGAGAAAACUAGAGAGGUACUGAUGUCUGAGCCAAGGAAGCUGAGCAAGAAGCUGAAGAUCUGGUUCUCAGAGUACUGGAACAUAUCAGAUUUCAUUGCCAUCAUCCUCUUCCUCGUUGGACUGGCGAUGCGCUUGCUUGCUGAGCCGUACCGGACGGCAGGCCGCAUCAGUUACUGUCUGGACAUCAUCUUCUGGUUUGUCAGGGUGAUGGAUCUGCUAGCUGUCAAUCAGUAUGCUGGCCCAUACCUUACUAUGAUCACUAAGAUGACCAGUAACAUGUUCUUCAUCGUGGUGAUGAUGGCGAUAGUGCUGCUAAGCUUCGGUGUGUCCAGGAAGUCCAUCUUGUCUCCUGAUGAGGAGCCAUCCUGGAGCUUAGCUCGAGAUGUCGUCUUCCAGCCGUACUGGAUGAUCUAUGGAGAGGUUUAUGCUGUGGAGAUCGAUGUAUGUGACGACGGCAAGCCAUGUCCUCCUGCUGCCUUUCUUACUCCGUUCCUCCAGGCUGUCUACAUGUUCUUCCAGUAUAUCAUCAUGGUCAAUAUUCUCAUUGCCUUCUUUAACAACAUCUACUUUGACAUGGAAUCAACAUCCAGUAAGCUGUGGAAGUACAACCGUUAUCGCUACAUUAUGACCUACCAGGAGAGGCCGUGGCUGCCACCGCCCCUUAUCCUCCUCAGUCACAUGACCCUUGGAUUGAGAGCCAUCUACAGGAGAUGUAGAGGGGAUGCUGAGCAGGGAGAAAGAGGCUCUGGGCUGAAGCUCCUCCUGGGACAUGAGGAUCAUAAAAAGCUCCAUGAGUUUGAGGAGAGAUGUGUUCAGGUGUACUUUCUGGAGAGGAGUGAAGAUCUCUCCAGCAGCCAGACAAAGAGGAUCAGAGCAACAGCUGAGAGAGCUGAGGAGAUGUGCCUGAUGGUCGGCGAGGUCUCAGAGAAGGUGAACUUUGUUCAGGACAGCCUGUCGGAGUUGGACUCUCAGCUGGGUCAUCUCCAGGACCUGUCCGUGCUGGCUGUGGACACCCUCACACUGCUCUCUGCUUCCGACAGCUUGCAUCAGGAGGAGGCACGCCUGGCUAAAUGCGGAUCAGUCAUGGCGUCCCAGCACAUCCUCCCUCACAGCUGGACCCUCCCGCACAGAAGUGGAGCAGAGUGUGAUGUGCUUAAUACGGGGCGAGCGAUGUCUAAGUCGUGUAAAAGUACCCCGCCUUCUUUACUGAAGGGUUUUACUCUAGCGGGCAGCCGGCUGGCAUCACAGGAGUGCCAUGUCAGAAGGAGCAAGGGAGGAAGACUAGGACACACUGAGAAGGGAGAGGAAGGAGCAAAGGAGGACUCACAUAGUGCUGCUGCUGAACGUCCUGGUGAGAGUUGGCAAGGAGGCUCUAAACCUGCAUCCUGUCUAUCCCUCUCUCACUUUUAUGGAGGCGGAGUUCAUCUCGGUGGUUUCAGAGGUCAGACUCCCUGCGACUCCUGCGGACAAUCCUGCUCUGGAUCUCCUUUUUCUCAUAGGAGCUUGGAGUCAUCACAUCAUAAACUCUGGACGUGUGAGCCAUACCUGUAUCCCAAUCAGGAGGAAACUUCCAUGGAAGAGGAGGAGGAGGAAGAAGGGGAAGAGGAAGCGAAGGAAGAACGAGAGGAGCAAAGGGGGCAGAAACAGUUGUCUGAAAGUGAAGUAUCCGAAGCCUCUAGCAAUGCCCUCCUGUUGUCCGACCCUCAGGACAUCUCUGAGGGCUUGGUGAAUCAGGCGUUUUCUCUGGGGGAUUCAUCAAGUUCUCAGUCCAGACCCUUGAAGUCCUCCAGGCGAGCCUGCCUGUCCAGAGACCGUCCCUAUGGCCAUAGCAGGUCCCUCUCAUCCAGUGUAGAGAAUAUGACUUUCUCUGGGGCUCCUCUAAGUGAGAUGAGGGGAUCAAUUUCCUCUCUAGAUGAACCAAUGAACAGAGCGAGUUUGCCUGGUCGGAGGGCUUUUAUGGAUGGCACAUUGCGACGAUGCAGCAGGAGCAGAGAGUGGUCCAAGUCCUCUGACUUCACUCAGGUGGACAGCAGAGAGAAAAUCCAAAACAGGAAGACAGUGAAGAUUCAAGAGAGAAGUCCAGAUACUGUAUCCAUGCAGUCCCAUUUGCCUGAUGCCUGCUGGAGGAGGCUCAAGAGACUAAGAGGAGAACCUACAUGUUGGUCUGCUUCAACCAGCCUCAGUCAGCUCAAUUUUGAUCCAAUGGAUCUGUUGCAGAAGCAAGUGUUUUCCCACCAGGAUGUGUGCAGCCCCACUCACUCAGCGAGGAGCAGCUUGGCCAAAUCAAUGACCCGUAGGUCCUCAUUACAGAGUGGGAUUGCUACUGAAGUAAAGUGCUUGUCGUUCCAGUCCACUGACAAUUUGUAUCCGCACUAUUCAGCUAUGGAGAAAAACAACCUGAUGAGACUGGCUCACACCAUUCCCUUCACUCCUGUUUCUAUUCUGGGAGGUGAAGAGGUGAGCAUUUACUCUCUGGGGGAAGUGACCUCUGAAUCCAGCACAGUCUCAUCCUGGUCAUCACAAGGCCUGUCUGCUUUACUGCAGCCUCUCUCCAGUGAGGAGGGCUCUCUGGAUGGGGGUCUGCGGCAAGGCAGCAGGGUGCUGUGUACCUGGGCAGAAAAGGAUGUACUCAGACCAGGUCUGGUAUAUGUAGUCAAAGCCUUCAGGCCGGAGGUGGUACGCGCCUGGCAGAGGUACUUCCAUGGUAGCACGGCACUGCAGCUUUGUUUAAGGGAGAUCCAGCAGCAGAGAGCAGCCCAGAAGAUGAUGCAAGUGUUCAACCAGGUCAAACCCGAUGAUAUGCAGCACUCUCCAAGGUUUCUAGAUGUUUCUCUGAUCCUGUGGCACUCGAACGGCCAGUGGCUGACAGUUGAGAGCUACAUGUCUGGUGACUUCAGGAAGCACAACAACAACACAGGAGAAGAGAUCGCCCCCUGCUGUUCACUGGAAGAACUGCUGAUAGCAUUCUCUCACUGGACAUAUGAGUACUCAUGCAGAGAACUGCUGGUGCUGGACAUACAAGGAGUUGGAGAGGUAUUGACUGAUCCUACAGUCAUCAUGGCAGACGAUCAAAGUGGUAACCGCGGUGAGAUGCUUUUUGGUCCUGAUAACCUCGGUGAUGCUGCCAUCAAGGGUUUCCUGCAGAAACACACUUGUGGUGACUGCUGCCGCAAUUUGGGCCUGCCAGAUUUAAAGAAGCUUCCGGACAGCUGCGAGGCAGAGCAAACGUCAGGGGAGGAAGACGACAAAACCAGGAUGUAACCUUUGACCCAGGAAGUAGGGAAAAAAGACACAUGCACUUUUAGCUGCACAUGUACAGAGACAUGUCUGCCUUGACACACACACUCUGAAAAAUGUUCAUAUAGGACACUUCCAUGGUGUCUUUGUCAGCCCUGGUUUCUUUGCAGUGGAAACAUGCAGAUAGAAAAGUGAUAACUUAUCUUUAGUCAUCUGUGACUGGAUUUAGAAUAGAUAAUUACGCACAUUGUGUUAUAUAUUAUUAUUAAUAUACAACAAAGUAACUAUAGAGUUAUAUCACACAUGCUUUUAUAAGAGCUAACAUUACAUAGUCUAUUUUUUGCACUUUGUCAGAUUAUAUGACAGAGAUACGAUGAAAAUAACUGUUGUGGUCGACAUACUGGAUGCUUGUUUUUUAUGGAUAAAUGUACCAAAGACAAUUUUUAUGUGAUGCAAAUUUUGUAUAUGUAUAUAUGAGAUAAAAAAACAGACAGAGGUGCACGCAUAAAAUUUCAUUUAUUUUUUUUUCUUCCCACAACGAAAUGUCUACAAAAGCGAUAAAAUAUAGAAUUUAACAAAAACCACUUCAGACCUUCACAUUGUAUGUACAUCUCAAAGGAGGACUCGGUAAGGGCCCUGCAUAGCUCUGAACUUCAACCCCCUCCGAUCUAUCCCGUGGGUGUUUCUGGCUCUCUUUAAUGCAAAUGGAUGCAAACACACACGCACACACACACACACACAGUCUUUCAUCCUCAUGUGAAAAUUAAAGAAAACUAUAGAGCUUCUUGAUUUAUACUGAAGUCAGAGUUCAGAGUCCAGCAGAGUCCUCUCUCACCCACAAAAAGCAUAAAAUGUAAAAACGGUUUGUCAGUGUAAUCAAAUACACAUUUUCCUCAGAGUUCCCCUUUUUUUUUUUUGAUUGGUUUCUCAAGUAAACUCACAGUAAAGCGUCUAUGCCCCACUCUGCCAGUUCUUCCUCUCCUUACUAGCUAUGGCACUUUGAAAACAACAAAAGAAAAAGUUUCAUCUUAUUGUGUUUUUUUUUUGUUUCAUUUUGUUUUGUAAGUCCUGUGUAAAAGAGAAUCUGUAACUCAAGCAUCUUUCAGGUUUCCGCUACAGACUUGCUACAUUUUGUUUUAUUUGCUCUUGCUGGGAUGCAAAGACAUUCUAAACAAUAAAUUAACAAUUUUCAACACUA